AGAUUGUCAAGUCCUACAAAAAUGGGAUGGACUCAUGAAAUGGGCAAUUGCAUAAUUAAAUAUAAUUGAUUACUUCACUCUUAAAUAAGAGGCAGAUGGCAAUUUCAUAACUGCCCACCAAUAAGAUUACCAAAAUGCAUUUAAAUUUGCGGAAAGCAACUCGAUAAACUUGCAUAUAUAACCUACAAAUUCUGUUGAGCUGACACUUUCAGCGUCAUCAUAAACUUAAUCUUUGAUUCCUAAGAUUUGAUUGAUUGAGGAAUUAAUUGAGGAAAAAUGGUGAAGAAGAAAGUGAUGACACCUACAGAUGAAGUUGAUUUGACUGAAGUCAAAUAUCAGUAUGAGCAAAUUGAAGCUCCACAUAUCACGGGGUCAGCCUUUGGAUUAUUUGUUAACAUUCUUGAAGCUCCGGUCAUAGGUCCUCUUAUUGUUUCUUACCUGAGAAAGAAGAAUAAUGCGGUUGAGCUGCUGAAGAAUACUGUCAUACCAGAAAUUCCCAUGCAUAUACCUGAGUUCCCUCCCCAAGAACCAGAGCAAAAUGUUUCUGUUAUUGAAGAAACUGGUUGCCCUGAGGACCGUGUGGCAGAAGCCUUAAAGUGUCUCCCAGAAUAUGAUCCUGCUGGCUGUUGGGAUGGUAAUUUAGCAACAUCAUUUCGUUAUUGGAAAAUCCGUGAUUUUGCCUAUGCUUAUCGUGCCAAGCUUGUUACCCCAUCCAAGGUUGCUGAGAAACUAAUCUCAACCUUGGAAGAGUUUGAUAAUACAAAUCCUACUUCCCCAUUACUCAUAUCUUGUGAUGUGGAGGACAUAAGGAAGCAAGCAGCUGCAUCUACUCAAAGAUUUGAAGAGGGAAAUCCUAUCUCAGUUCUAGAUGGAAUUUUCAUGGCAAUCAAGGAUGAUAUAGAUUGUUAUCCAUAUCCGUCCAAGGGUGCUACAACAUGGUUUCAUGAAGUUCGCCCUGUUAAGAAGGAUGCAGUUUCUGUCUCUAAGUUGCGCAGUUGUGGUGCAAUUUUGAUUGGAAAGGCAAAUAUGCAUGAAUUCGGUCUAGGGACAACUGGAAACAAUGCUAAUUACGGAACAACAAGAAAUCCACAUGCACAUGAUAGGUACACUGGUGGAUCUUCAUCAGGCCCAGCUGCACUUGUAGCUUCGGGUCUAUGUUCAGCUUCUAUUGGGACAGAUGGUGGAGGUUCAGUUCGCAUCCCUUCAUCCCUGUGUGGGGUCGUGGGCUUGAAAACAACGUAUGGAAGAACUGACAUGAGAGGGUCAUUGUGUGGUUCAGGGACUGUGGAAGUAAUUGGCCCGAUUGCAUCAUCAGUUGAGGAUGUGAUGCUUAUGUAUGCAGCGAUACUGGGUUCCUCUCCUGCAGAUAGAAUUGUCCUAAAACCUUCUCCACCAUGCUUACCCAAUCUGUCAUCUGAAGCCCAGCUCAGCGCUGUAGGGUCAUUGCGACUUGGGAAGUACACGGAGUGGUUCAAUGAUGUGUACUCUACUGAAAUCUCUCAGAAGUGCGAGGAUGUUCUGAAUUGGCUUUCAGAAACUUAUAAUUGCCAAACAGAGGAAAUUACUAUUCCUGAGCUGCAUGAGAUGCGCACUGCACAUGUAGUUUCAAUUGGAUCAGAAGCUUUGUGCUCACUAAAUCCAUAUUGCGAAGAAGGGAAUAAUUCAAAGUUGACAUAUGAUACCCGCACAAAUCUGGCACUUUUCCGUUCCUUUUCAGCCACAGACUACAUUGCAGCCCAACGGAUUAGGCGAAGGAUGAUGAAUUACCACAUGGAGGUCUUCAAGAAGGUGGACAUCAUAGUGACACCAACCACUGGCAUGACAGCUCCACUUAUACCCACCAGCGCACUUAAAUCUGGAGAGACAAACUUGCAGGUUUCAGGUUAUUUGAUGCGUUUUAUUGUGGCUGCAAAUCUUCUUGGUUUCCCUGCCAUUACUAUCCCGAUUGGUUAUGAUGAGCAGGGACUACCGAUUGGCUUACAGCUUAUAGGCCGACCAUGGAAUGAAGCCACACUUUUGCGUUUGGCAUCUGUUAUCGAGGUAUCAUAUGGGAUGACCAAGAAAAGACCAGCUUCGUACUAUGAUAUCUUGAAGGGUGCAUAGAUGACAGCAUCCUAUUCUGGAGUUAAAGACUUCCUAUUGAUGUUGCUUUCUUCACAUAAGCAUGUUCUAAUUGACCAUUAUUCUUCUUAUCCAUUGUUUAGAAGAUUUCAUGUACACUAAAAUGCUAAUCUAUUUUGAAAUCUAUAACUUCUUAUUCAUUUGCUUUAUAUAAAGUAUGUCUCAUAAAAAGUUCAA